AUGGCAACCGCCGCAGAUGCCAUUGUUUUGUCCUCUUCCCCAGAUCCUCCCACGCGUACCCCCAUGAACGAUUCGAGACACCCCGAAAAGGUUUUUGAGAUGUCGCCACUGAAAAAACCGCCACUGCCAGCGCCAUCCCUGUCAGACGUCUUCCGCCCUCCUACACGAUCUCGAUUUUUUGAAGAGUCCGUGGCCAACAAACCAGCUAAGAUCAAGCGCCAACCGGCGAAGAAGCUCGAUACCACAGAUCCAGAUGCGAUUAAAGCCCCCGCCAAACCGCGACAGAGGGCAAAGAAAGUCACAGAGCAGGAUCCAAAGCCAGCUGCGCUUGGGGACCUCGAGCCUGAAGCUCUUGAGCCAAGGGAUAACACGGGGAAGCAAACGGCACCGGCGAAAAAAAGCAGUACGCGGACAAGCAAGAAAGCCAAAGAGCCAGGGAACAUGAAACUAGGGAACAUGAAAUUAACCGGCAAGGUCACUAAGACGGGCAGUGAACCCGCAGCAAAGAAAACGAGCAAAGCCGACAAGAAUUCGGACUCCAAACAAGAAUCAACAAGCAUGGACACUCACAUUGAGCAAAGCAAUACUUUGGGACAGACUGAAUAUUUACAAUUGGACGAAGCGAUAGCUAGACGCCGCGACUGGACACCUCCAAGGGAGUGCGCUCCCGAUGUCACUGCGGCGGACAAGGAACCAGAGAGUCGCGAGGCAGGUGGAUUUGGGAAACUUAUGUCUGAUUAUAAUUACUCUGGGCUCCUUUCAAAUCCCCGCGAUGUUCCCCUGGAUAUAGAUGGCGAAGGGCCCACAAAGCGCAGGCGAAUAGAGCUGGUAGACUCUGGACUUCAAGCAAUGAUCUCCGGCAAACCAUACCAAAGCGAUUCAUCCUCUGGCGCACAACCGAAAAAGAAACCAAAAGCCCAGAAACGGUUUACGACGUUGACGGCCCGGAUGACAGCUCAAUAUACCGCCGAGUCGCCGGAUGAGGAUUUGGCCGAAGACGUUGCUUCAGAUAAUAGCAAAGCUAAAUCCCGACGGAAGACCAAGCCAAAGAACGAAGAACCCACUUUCACCGUUCUUUCGCCCGAAGCUGCUGUCAAGGCUUUGGAUCAGCAGGAUCUCAUCUUUGGCAGCUGUAGCCAGCUGGAAAGGGAAGAUUCUCCAGAAACGCUGAGAAAUAUACAACAAGCGAUUCGCGAAUCCGAGAGUCUUGCUGUGCCUGCAAGUAGACGUACUGUGGGUCGUGAGACAUCUUCACUCCUGGGAACUCGUCUGACCGGGAAAAAAAACCUUUGGGGAGUUGCAGCUCGGGAUAUCAACGGAUCUUUGGUUCAGGCAGCGGAACUGGACUCUGUUGAUCUGACGAACACUUCUCAGGCAUCCAAAAAGAAGCAGGGCGAUUCGACUGGGGCAUCUGCAGCUCUUGAGGACGAUGAUUGGUUUGAUCUCGACUAUGGAAGACGUGCCACUCCAAAAGGCAUCUCGACCUUGCAACAAAAAACAUACGAACCUGUUGUCAAAAUUCAGCCAGUGCCCGUUGCAGAGGUACCCGCACCAGUUGAGGAUAACACAAAAGCCGUGAAAGGCAGCCAGCAAGCUGAUAAGCCAAAGCUCGCUAUGCCUCAUUACAGUGGCUUCACCGAUGCGGAGCUCUCGAAGCAGGUUGCUGUGUUUGGGUUCAAGUCGAUAAAAGGUCGCAAGAAGAUGAUCGAUUUGCUUCAAAAAUGCUGGGAGUCUAAGCACGGCACUUCAAGUAAACCCAUUGAGGUUUCAUCACAAUGUCAAACGGUUACUUCAAAGGUAACCGUGCAAAGUGCCAAACCUAAAACGAAACCAAAAGCGAAGUCUAAGCUUACCACUUCGUCUACAUCAGCGUCGACUGACAAACUCACACAAGUAAAACCUCUUGCUUUUCCAAGUCCAAAAAGGACACCGCAGAGAGCAGGAGACACCGAUGCUCCGCGGUCUUCUUAUAUAGACGUGGAAGAAAUCCAGGACUCCGAGGAAGAGUUGUUCCCAUCUCCCAUUCAAAUCCAGCAGCGUUACACGAAGAUGUUGUCGACUAGCCCGCCCCGUGAGCAUACUUUGGACAUUGUGACGAAGGCAGUAUCCCAAAGCCCCACAAAACGAAAGACGACGGCCAAAGUUUCACGCUCUAAGACCUCAACUUCAUCUACGUCAGCACUCAAAUCCGACAAAGUCGGAUCAUCUACUCGAAACAGCUUACCUGAUAUCUCCGCUCAAAUAACCAAGGCCGUGCGUUUACAGCCGAAGCUCUCGCCACUCUCAUCUUUGACUGGUAGUCGGAGUCGCCCAACAUGGCACGAGAAGAUCCUCAUGUAUGACCCCAUCGUACUAGAGGAUCUUACGACAUGGUUGAAUGUUGAAGGCCUUGGCCUUGUCGGCGAAGAUCGAGAGAUUAGCUCAAUGGAUGUGAGGAAGUGGUGUGAGGGUAGAGGAAUUUGUUGCUGUUGGAAGCAGAAUGCGAGUUGGUGA